UUAUCACAAAUCCACAAACAUCGAACAGCUCCCAGUUGCGAGCUUCGAACAGCUCAGCAUCAGUAUGCUUGCACUGCUGGAAUAUGAGAAACACUGAAAUCUUGGUACUGGCCGUGCCUUUGGCUGCCUGCUCAGUAGUUGUGAUGGGUGCGGUAGGGGACAGCCUGCUGGAGCAACCGUGUGGCACUGUGCCGAUUCGCAAAUUCAAAAUUGUCGGAGGUCACGACGCCCACGUAGCCAGCACUCCUUGGAUGGCCAUGGUCACGGGGCAAGCGGGUUUCCUUUGCGGGGGCUCACUGAUCGCAAGUCGCUUCAUACUGACGGCUGCACAUUGUGUGGGUAACAAAAAACUAAAGGUCCGCCUUGGCGUACUCGACCAAGAAGCAGAAGCACAGGAGUUCGAUGUUGAUGGCAUGUUUCUCCAUACUGGUAGUGAGCUUGGCAAACACGAUAUAGCUCUGUUAAGACUGGCCAAGCCAGUGCAAUAUGAUGAUAAUAUCAGUCCGAUUUGCUUGCUUCUGGACCCGCUGUUUAAGGACUUGGAUGAGCACAUUGUCAAGUUCAGAACCUACGGCUGGGGCCAAACCCAAUCUAAGGACUCCAGUCGCAUGCUCCAGAAAACCUCGCUCUUCAACCUCCGCCGAACUGAGUGCACGAAGCAGUUUCCGUACCAGGAAAUCGAUCGGAGUCAUAUCUGCGCGGAACGGGCUGGUGCCAGCACUUGUAGUGGCGAUUCCGGUGGUCCUCUGACCGCCAUCGUCACCUAUGGUCAUGUCCCAACGGUGUUCCAGUUUGGAGUCACAAGCUACGGUGCUGAAAACUGCUCCAAAGCCACUGUCUUCACCAACGUAAUGGCCCAUUUGGAGUGGAUCGUUAAUACCGUUCGCGUAUCAGGGAAUUUCUAAUGUCAAACCUUUGAAGAAUCGAAAGCGAACUAAAGUUGAGCUAAUAAAUCCGGAGAA